AUAAGACGUCGUGACGUCCGCUGGAGAAAAUCAGUUUAUUGCGAGCGCGAACCGGAGACAACGUUCAGGAUGAGGAUGCAGUUCAUCCUGAUAGCUUGCUUGGUGAUAGCGAGACAAGCGCUUUGUACUCGAGUAUACGAUACGGACGACGUAGCGCAAUCGUGGAGCGGCCGAGACUCGAUUGAAAAUUCGAAUGCAGAACAGGACAAAUAUCGUACCGUUAAGUUCGACACUUCUAACACGCCGAGGGAGGUGCAACAACCAUCGUUGUACAACGCUAACGUUCAGACGGGCGCCAGCGGGGUCGCCAGUGCCCUCAAACAGAGAUCGGUGGAAUCUGUAAUCGAUGAUAUACUCGUAUCGAAUCGUCAGGGUCACAAUCUCGAGGGCUACGACGAGGUUUACUCGGAUCCCAACGUCAAAACUGCGCUGCAGCUUGGCAACGACACUGUCUCCCGUACUUACAUCAAGGACAAGCUCUGCUCUCUCGGCUUAAUGAGCUGCGAGGACGUGGAGGGACGACGGCCGUACUACUCGCCGCAUCGCGACAUCCACCCGCACGACGUGAUCUACGCGCAACCGGUGACCAUCAAGCCGGUGGGUCGUCCGCUUCCGGCGAUACCCGUGAAACGGCCAUACGGCCCGGCGAAACCCCUGCCGCUCCCGCCGAAUUUCAGCUCCUCAUUCCCGGGGCCCGUCUAUCCCGGAGGACCUCCGUUCAGCGGGCCGCCGGCCAGCUUCGUCGGACCGUAUCAAGGAUUCAAGAAGCUCGGUGCACCGCCGUUCAUCUCGAAGCCCAUCUACGAGCCGAGCGUCGACGUCGAGCUCAAUUACGAAGACAAGCUGAUCGACAAGAAGCAAGUGGUUCUGCAUCAGUCGGGGCCGUCGGCCGUCCAGCAACACGUUCAUCAUCACUACCACCACGGGGACGGCGCGUCCAAGCCCGUCCUAGUGCCGUCGCUCGGUGACGGCCUCGUCGGUUACGGCAACGGCGCCUCUUACAACGAUUUCGAGGAUUACAAGAAGGCGUUCAACGUCAAGACUCCCUUUUCCAACAGCGCUCAGUCCACCUCAUCGUCCACCGUGAAAGGCUACGCCGAGCGUUACCCCGUCUACGAGAAGCUGAAUGGUAAGCAGCUGGUCAGCAACGGCGGGUACCAGCAAUUCGGCUCCAACGUUCGUCAGUUUCUGACGAACGGUGGCUUCGACGCCGGCGACAGCAGUUUCGGCUCUUCGUCUUUCCUGAACUACGAGGAGGACUGCGUGUGCGUGCCUUACGAUCAGUGCGCCGCGCUCAACAACGUCGGCCGUAAGGACGACCUCUACUUGCCGCUCGACCCGCGCAACCUCGACAAGGACAUCGAGGCCGAGGUCGAGCUGGUCAUCACCGACGGUAACGGCACUAUGAGCGUCGUCAGGGUGCCCAAGGGAGUCAACGAGACCGAGCAGGUCGAAGAGACGAAGCGGGUGGAUGGAGCCGAGGUGGGAGUCGCGAAGCGAAACCGCAGGGACGUCAAGCAGGUCGCCAAGCAGGACGACAAGAAGCAGGCGCAAGAAAGACGCUACGAAGGACGUCCGGCUGAUUGCGGUGCCCGUCGCGUCUGCUGCCGGAGAUCGCACUUAUCCGUGCCACGCCCGCAACCCGGUCAAUGUGGAGUGAAGAAUACGCACGGCGUCAACGGCCGCAUCAAAACCCCCGUCUACGUCGACGGAGACUCGGAAUUCGGUGAAUACCCGUGGCAGGUGGCCAUCCUGAAGAAGGACCCCGCCGAAAGCGUGUACGUUUGCGGCGGUACGCUGAUCUCGCCGCGGCACAUCAUCACCGCCGCUCACUGCGUGAAGACUUACGCCGGGCGCGAUCUUCGCGCGCGACUCGGCGAAUGGGAUGUGAACCACGACGUCGAGUUCUACCCCUACAUAGAGCGCGACAUCGUCAGCGUCUACGUGCAUCCCGAGUUUUACGCCGGCACUCUCGCCAAUGACAUCGCCAUUCUCAAGUUGGACCACGACGUCGAUUUCAGGAAGAAUCCUCACAUAAGUCCCGCUUGCCUGCCGGAUCAAUACGACGACUUCACCGGUGUGAGAUGCUGGACCACCGGCUGGGGUAAGGACGCUUUCGGCGACUACGGCAAGUACCAGAACAUACUGAAGGAAGUGGACGUGCCUGUCAUCGGCAACCACGUGUGCGAGCAGCAGAUGAGGCGGACGAGGCUCGGCACCGGCUUCAGCCUGCAUCAGGGCUUCCUCUGCGCCGGCGGCGAGGAGGGCAAAGAUGCCUGCAAAGGUGACGGCGGCGGGCCGAUGGUAUGCGAGCGCCACGGCCGGUGGCAAUUGGCCGGCGUCGUCUCCUGGGGCAUCGGUUGCGGCCAAUCCGGUGUGCCCGGUGUUUACGCACGCGUCUCUUAUUAUCUCAACUGGAUCCGCCAGAUCGUCGAGUACUAAAGCACCGACGUGAUUCGCGUGUUCUUCCCUCUGUUCUCUCGGAGAAGGCUUUGGCGAAACUUUGCGAUGUUUGAUAAUUACGACACGCACGACGAUCGAAUCCGACGAUGGUAAACGAUUACUCAGGAUAUCUACGAGCGUAUAUUUAUAUAUAAUAUAUUUAUAUUUCAACGUUCAUCGUGC